CCUUAUCAAUUGGUGUACAGAAAGGCGUCCCAUUUUCCCGUAGAUCUACAACAUAUGGUAUUUUGGGACACCAAACUGCUAAACAUGGACCCAACCUUGUGUGAAAAUGAAAGAAAGUUGCAGGUGUUGGAGCUCGAGGAGUGGCGUCUUCAUGCCUACGAGAACACCAAGCUUUAUAAGGAAAAGAUGAAGCGCUUUCAUGAUGCUAGACUCAAAGGGGGCAAGGACUUCCAAACAGGGGAGCAAAUGCUCUUGUACAACUCUAAGCUCCACCUAUUCCCCAGAAAGCUGAGGUCGAAACGGUCGAGCCCCUUCGUGGUCACCCAAGUUUUACCAUACGGGGUGGUGGAGAUUUCCCACCUGCAGCAAGGAACAUUCAAAGUGAAUGUAAACCACCUCAAACGUUACCUCGAAGGCGAGGUAAUGCUACAAAACGAGUCUAUGCUCCUACAAGACAUUUAGUCAGAAGGCUCCAUCUAGCUUAAGUGUGGGGGGUGUAUACAUUGGAAUUGGCAUGAGUUUUGUGUGUGAAUGCUUGAUCAAAGUUCUCGGGUUGUGGGAGAAUCUCGUGUUUAUCGGCAUGGACCUUGAAUUGAUUGCUUGUCAUCGAGUGCAUCCUAUUAUGAUGAUUGAGAAUUGCAUUAGGUUGGUGCAAAUGUUUAGUUCUCAUGUGUGUGCGAAUGAAUGGAUGUCUUGAUU